CCCGGCGCCUGCCAAAAGCAAAUUGUUUGUUUUGUUGACACUGUCAAGCGACCUUGCUCAAAUGGUUUAAAAACCCCCAGUAGUUUGUUAAACAAUAUGCGAAAAACCGCCGUAAAAUGUUCAUAAAUCUACCCUAUUUUGUGCUGCUGGGUUUAAUCGACUCCACCUUGGGCACCCUCAGUUUGCAAAUCAACAAAAAGGCCGACAACACCUUCUACCCGGUGGCGACGCACGUGGAGGAGAGCGUGGGCACAACGUUUUCGCUGGUUUGCGAGCUCGUAUCCACUGCAAAUGAAACCCAGUUUGACGAUCAGUUGUCUUGGGUGCGCCAGGAUCAAUUCUCCGGUCGGCAGGACCAAAGCGACGACAUCAAGGAAAUCAACAAGUCGGAAAAGCGAUUCCAGCCACUGCUCAAGGAGGACAAGGGCAAAUAUCUGUGCGUCAGCAACAAGUUCAAUCUGAACAAGGCAGUGACUGUGGUGGUGCGGAAUGACGUCCCCAAGGAGCGCAAGUCUUUCAUGAGGAUUUCCAAGACGAGUUUUUGCAACCCGCAUAUGUUUACCUGCAGAUCCAAUGGCUUGUGCAUCAUCCAACAUUACGUUUGUGAUGGGAUAGCGGACUGUAAGGACGGGUCGGACGAAAGCGUGGAAAAGUGCAAUGGGGAUCCUUGCAAAGAUAAAAUCCCGUGUGAUUACGGCCGUUGUAUCCCCUCCUCCUGGUGCUGCGAUAUUCAUCACGACCCCAACUGUACAGUCACCAACAGGCCGAUGUGCUGCCAAGGGCUUUCAGAGUCCUAUGAGGAGCGGGAAAUGAUGAGUUUCCCCACCGUCACCCAAUCCCAGCAGACUGCCCGAUAUCUCUUCAUUCUUGUCUGUGUGGUCAGCAUCCUUUUCUCCGUCAUCCUGUUGCUGCUGAUCAUCUCCAAGGUGGUGAUGUUCGCGAAAAAGGCGGCCGUUCAACAGCAGCAGGCGCGAGUGUGCGAAAACAUCGCCCUUCGGAACCAGACGAACAUCAACGUGAUCCCUUGCAGCCUGUACGCGUACGGGAGCUCCAGAACGCCGCGUAAUGAGCGCAUGGUUCGCAACAUUAUCAUCGAUUCUUCCGAUGUUAACGACCCGUUGCUGUUCAAUCCCUCCAGGUUUAAUGUGAUAAAUGCCAGCGAAGCUUUCGAUCAACCGCCCUCCUAUGUGGAUGUGCUGCGCACUAAUCGGUUGGUAGCAGAGCCCCCGCCUCCAUACAGGAGUCAGGAGGUGAUCAAUCUCACAAGCGACGUGGACCGAGCCAAUUAACUGUUAACAUAUCAAUCAAUUUUCAAUUGGUGUUAAGGUGCUGUUUUUUUAGAUCUUUCGGUGCAAUGCUGACGCCUGUAUAUAUAGUAUAUCGUGUACUUAUUUGAUAAAUUUGUUUUCUACUGAAUGUUGCGCAAUUGACGGGGAAGACAAUAAGGAAUUGAAUCAUAUCACUCGGGAAUGUUAGCUUUAAUUGCCACUUGUUAAACGUGCAAGACUGUUAAGGAAAUGUCCUAGUAAAUCGUCUAUUUUUAUUGAAAUAUACUCGAAAUUAAACAGU